AUGUCAAGUUUUCACCGUAUCCGUCAAUCAUGGCGUCGAUCAUUAGGUUAUUUGGGUCUAUUUGGAGUCACAACUGUUAGCAUCAUCAAUGUCACAUCGCGAUAUAAUGAUAAUAUUCAAGUGCACGAUGCAUUUUCAAACCAUACACGUCAACAACACGAAAAACAUAUCCUAUCGGAAAUGCACGAUCCAUUCAUUACUACAGAUUUACAUGAAUUAGAACUAUUUCAGAAACAUUUUUCACAAUUCUCGUAUCUGUUUUAUACGAAUCGUGAUAUCCUGAAACAAAAAUAUGCUUUAAAGACUCCUGUCAAGAUUCGACCGCUUAAAGAAUGUCCUGUUCAAUGCCAAUCAUCCUUUAGUAGUCAGAAAACACUUAUUGUUGGAGGUCCACCAGCAUUAAUCACUGGCGUCUCUAUGGUGAAAACAGGAAAAGAUUUAACUUAUAUCAAUGACGAACGUCGAAUACCGAUCGCUUUCGGUUCUGCUUGGCAUCUGGAACAAGACGCAAAAACAGAGGCACCAACUACUUAUCGACCCACGCAAUUCUUAAUCGAACAACUAGUUCGUACAGCAUUUCGAUAUGUCAGUUACACAUCGAUUCAACAAACUGGCUAUUUUCCAUGGAGAACAGUAGACUGGAUUGGCUGGCUACAGCAUCCUGAUCAUUGGUUUACUGGAUUUAAAAUAUCAUUAGCCUUUCAAUGGGUCACCAUGUUCGAAGAUCGAACGACAAUGCUGAAAAAAAUUGCUGCACAAUGUAUUGCCAAUGAGAACUUUUUCGAACAAUUAGAUCAGGAACUAAAUGGUAAACUUCUAUUGCAAGAAAAAGGAUCAAUUAUCGUCGCUCGAACGAAUGAAGAAGUUUCAACACUACAAGAGUUGCAAGCAGAUUUAGUAAAUGAAGGAAGAAAUUUGAGAAUUUUAUCCAAGGAAGAAAUACUACAGCGUUAUGGUUUCCUUCCACAUGGUCUAAUGUACGGCGAAAAAGAACAUGAUAGAGUAUUGUUCGCAAACUUUAUGAAAAUACUCAAUGAUUCUAUUCGAAACCAAGGAGGCAACAUCAUUGAUGGAACACUCAUAACGAUCUAUGUUGAUGAUCAGCAGUCAGGAGGUAUUGCUGAAUAUGGUACACCUGAUGGGCAAAAACAUUAUCUUGCAUUUUCUCGGUUAAUUCUAUCGCUAGGUACUCAGCCAAUCAUUAACAAAAAUAAUAAGCCAUUGUUUGAUGUCGUUGCCGCUCGAGGAGUAUCGGUACUGGCACAUGUUUACAUACCUUCAGAAUAUCGACUUCCACCUGUCAUAGUUUGUGGUGGAACAAACCAUGCGACUAAAUUAUCCGAAAAUCCUGUGCAAGUAAAAGAUUCUCAUGGAAAGACAUAUGAUUUAUAUUUGAUGCGGUUUACCGCUGGCGCAUGUAUUACACCAAAUGUUUCUGAUGAAAAUGCAGCCAACUAUGAUGGAACGAUUGCACUCGGUCUAGUCACCGCAGUACGAAGAACAUUGGGUGAACUGUGCCGAAUUGAACCACUCGUUGUUCAUGGUUGCAAUCGACAAGUCAGUCGUUAUGGACAGAUUUCUUGGAUUGAACCAUAUCCCGGAAUUCAUGUGCAGUACGGAGCAGCUGGAGGUGGUCUUACACGAGCGCCGGAUUUUGUAGCACCACCAUCAUCGCAUAGCUCGUCUCCUUGA